AGAAGGAGAUAAUGAUAGCAUCAGCAGGGUCCAUGUUUCCAUGGUUCAUCGUCUUCUUCCUCCUCUUCCAUUUUUGUUCAAAUAUAUCAAUUGCCAGUAUCACUCCCAGGUUCCCUUCUUCCAUUGCAAGGCCUGAAUUGAUCUCCUCUUCCACUACAGGAAAGAAGGUGGUUUAUGAAUCCAAGUAUUUCACACAAACGCUAGAUCACUUCAAUUUCCAGCCCCAAGGCUACCAAACCUUUCAACAAAGAUAUCUCAUCAACCACAACUACUGGGGUGGUGCCAAGAACAAUGCUCCUAUUUUCGUUUACACAGGAAACGAAGGCAACAUCGAAUGGUUCGCCCAGAACACAGGUUUCAUGAUUGACACUGCUCCUCAUUUCAAAGCCCUUCUGGUCUUCAUUGAGCAUAGGUUUUAUGGGAAAUCUAUCCCUUUUGGAGGUAACCAAGAUGUGGCUUAUUGCAAUGCGAGUACGCUUGGGUAUUUGAGUUCCACACAGGCUUUGGCCGAUUAUGCCACUUUGAUCAUCGAUUUGAAGAAGAAUUUAACAGCUGAGGACUCUCCAGUGCUUGUUCUUGGAGGUUCUUAUGGAGGAAUGCUGGCAGCAUGGUUUAGGUUGAAGUACCCACAUGUAGCCAUGGGAGCUCUGGCAUCUUCUGCUCCAAUCCUCAACUUUGAAGACAUUAUUUCUCCAUAUAGUUUCAACGACAUUAUCACUCAAGAUUUCAGGAGUGUGAGCGAGAAUUGUUACAAAGUUAUCAAAGGGUCGUGGAAGCAGAUGGAGGAAACUGCUCGAAAACAUGGUGGACUUGAGCUGCUAAGAAAGUCAUUUAGGAUCUGCAAGAACUACAUAAGCAUAGAUUCUCUAGAGAGUUGGUUGUCUACUGCACUCAUAUAUACUGCCAUGACUGAUUAUCCUACUCCUUCAAACUUCUUGAAUCCUUUGCCAGCUUAUCCUGUGAAACAGAUGUGUAAGGCAGUUGAGGAUCCAAUGGCAGGGAAUGACACAUUUAAGAAGCUGUAUGGUGCAGCCAACAUCUACUAUAACUACACUGGUAAUGCCAAGUGUUUUGAUCUCAACGAUAAUUCCGAUCCACACGGCCUUAGCGAAUGGAAUUGGCAGGCAUGUACAGAAAUGAUUUUGCCCACAGAUGGUAACAAUGAGGAGAGUAUAUUUCCUCCAUCUCAGUGGAACUACAGUGAUAGAGCCAGUUUCUGCAAUAUGAUAUAUGGAAUUGAACCCAGGCCCAAUUGGAUUACAAGUGAAUUUGGUGGCCAUGAUAUUAGUAGGGUCUUGAAAAGUUUUGGAAGCAAUAUCAUCUUCUUCAAUGGGUUAAGAGAUCCUUGGAGUGGUGGAGGUGUAUUAAAGAACAUAUCCAAAAGCAUUACUGCCAUUGUUGCAAAAGAAGGUGCACAUCAUGUUGACCUGAGGUUCUCAACAGAAGAAGAUCCAGAAUGGCUUCGAAAUGUAAGGAAAAGAGAGAUCAGAAUCAUAUCAAAGUGGCUCAAACAAUACUACCUCGAUUUGGCCCAAUAUUAUUUCAUAAAGAGAGAAUUAAUUGUUCUCCAUAUGUACUAA